ACAAUUUCUCCUGAACAUUUGCACCAAUACAGGCCUACUUAGACGACGCAACCCUUGUACCUCCUCCUGCUGGCACAUGCUGCUUGCUGCAGUAUUUUGAUGUGAUUUUCUGUGUUUCUCGGCUCACACCACCCAAAAACAGACCGACUGUUGUAAAGGGGGCCCAUGUCGCGCGAGUUCGCAUGCUUGCGGCAAGCCGUUCGUCCACGGUCCGGUUUUCGGUGGUUAUGAAAUACCCCUCAACCAACCAGUUUCAAAAAUCAACAAAGUUUUGGGCGAAAGUUUCGAACGGACCCUCCUCGAGUUGUCCCUCGCUUCUCAACUGCAGUUUAGUUGCUCGGUAUCGUUGCAAGCGGUCAGAUCUCGUCACGUUUAUUCGGUGUAGCCUGCUUUUGCUCUAGUACUACAGUCGGUAGUGUGUUCGUGUUCAACGUGGUUACUUGCUGAUAAGAAUACCAUUAUAUCGUCUGCGGACGAAAAAAAGAAAAGAAAGCAAUUACGAAUUCUAAACACACCGGUUUGCUACCAAGCUGAAUCGUGCCGUUUCGCAUCGUUCGUGUGUUACCAGGAAGCUCAAUUAGACUGCUAUCUAGCACUUGCCUAGUAGUACAAGUAGGCAGGGCUCCGUCAGUGUGCAUAAUCGAAGUCGGCCGUGUGUGUUCAUCAGUGCUUGCUUGGUGACGGCUAGCCGUGUGGUGAUCGAUCGACCGGCUCUCUUUCUAUCUCUCCUCCACGCAGGUCACAUCGACGUCGUCGCAGUAGGCUGUAUCGUUGGGUUUGGCUGGUUGGGUACCUCGUGUCGUACCUAGUGUUCAAUCACACCUCGCUCUUAUCGGAUCGCGCAAAGGUACUUACACCUAUACCGCGGUAACUUACCUAUCGCCGUUCACGAGUUCGGUUCAGUUUCUGUGGUUUUGUUUUCGCCAAUUCAUCACGUCGGUCGUCGGCUAUCGCGCCGUGGCGAUGACGAAAUUCUCGCGAUAAUCCCAUAAAUGAAAAAAGUCGAAAAUUUAACACAGAAAAGUGAUAUAAUUUGUUCCAUAGAAGCCUAAUUCAGUGUGUUUUCGCCCUUAUUCCCCGCAUUUCCAAUUUUGUCCCAACCGAGUGAAGGUGCGUUCCGGGAGCGAUUUUAGAAGGAAUCAAAAUUCUGCCAACAAGGAGAAAAAUGGCCAACGCGUACGACAUCUUCAGUGGAGUGUGCGUUUUCGUCGUGUCGGUGCAGUUGCUGCGGAAGGUGUUUCCAUGGAUCUACGAGAACCUGCUCGGGCCGAAACUAUUCGGUUCCGCAGUGAAGCUGCGCGAGAUGGGAUCCUGGGCAUUGGUCACCGGAGCAACCGAUGGAAUUGGCAAAGCGUACGCUAAAGCGCUUGCCAAGAAGGGUCUUAACGUGAUUCUUGUCAGCCGAACCCGGUCGAAAUUGGAAAACGUUGCUCAAGAAAUCGAGGCCGAAUCCAAAAUCACCACCAAAAUCAUCGCGGUAGAUUUCACCUCUGGACCAGAAAUCUACGAAACGAUUGCCAAGCAGACGGCCGGUCUGGAAAUCGGUGUCCUGGUCAACAACGUCGCCAUGUGCUACGAUAUUCCCGAGCGGUUUCUUCAGCUACCCGAUCAGGACAAGUUGACCACCGACCUGGUCACUUGCAACGUCAUCUCCGUGACUCACAUGUGCAGCCUAGUCCUUCCGGGAAUGGUCAACCGAAGGAAGGGUGUCAUCAUCAACAUCUCAUCAGUAUCGUCGGUCAUUCCAUCUCCGAUGCUGGCGGUCUACGCUGCCACCAAGGCAUUCGUUACGAAAUUCAGCAACGACCUAGCCACGGAGUACGCCAAGCACGGCGUACUGAUUCAAGCGGUCCUUCCUGGCCCGGUUGCCACCAACAUGUCCAAGAUCCGGAAAUCUACGUGGCUGGCUUGCUCGCCGCAGAAAUUUGUAGGCGACGCGUUGCGCACGUUGGGAAUUGCUCGGCAAACUACCGGAUACUAUCCACAUGCCCUGAUACAGAAAAUUAUGGAUAUCUUGGACUUCCUAACGCCAGCUGGUGCUCGCCUCGUUACUUUGAAGACACUGGAGCAUGCCCGAGCAGAAGCUCACCGGCUAGCCGCAAGAAAAUAGGCAAAUGGCUUAAUGUGGUGAAUUGUGACCAGUGUUUUUUGUGGAAUACAUUUUUUUGGGAAAUAUCCUGUGGAA